AUGAAUCGUAGUGUGUGCAACGCAGUGUAUCGAUGGAUGAGUAACGGAAGGCACCGCUUUUAUGAGAUUUCUUCGGAAGCACUUGCAUUGGCGGUUGCCGAGGAAUGGAACAUGCAAAAAGAAGUACUGAAUGUAAGCUUGAUGCGGCUAACAAGCCUCAUCAUCACAGCCAUCGAUAACCCGAUGUCCCUGAAGAAGUCGGACUUGGUCUCACAAGUGCUCGAUUAUUUGGAUAAGGAUACCAUAUUAUAUCGCCUUGAGGAGAACACGAAAUUAUUGGAAUUGCAAAAGAAGAAUUGGGAUCCCGUGAUCGAAUGGGCCAAUUGGGAAUAUGGCUUAUCGGUGAAGCCAAGCCAGUCACUCGUUGAAGGUUAUUGCUUGCAUUUUAGAAAUCGAUGUAUUUAA